AUGGCAUCACAAGCAACACAAAUGUUCCCAGACCAAUUUCAACAACUUAUCGAAACAAUUAAAUCCCAAGAAAUCAAAUCGAAAAGUUUUGCCAAUUGUUGUACCCAUUUUGCGGGCCAAUGUGACAAUGAUGCCGUCGAAGUGUUAAUCGAUGACAUUGAAACAUACUAAGAAAUGGAACAGAUAUCCGAUUAAGAUGCCCUUCGCGGUUUAUCGCUGCUCUUCAACAGUUUGGCAUCGACCUGGUGGAAAGGUGUACGGCGGGAGGCCAAAACAUGGGAUGAUGCCAUGCGUCUGCUGAGAGAAUAUUUCUCACCAUCGAAGCCGACCUAUCAAAUUUAUUUGGAGAUCUUCGAAAAGAAACAGGGUGAUUUGGUGUUAAUAGAUCCUUUCAUACUGGCCAUGCUGCCCGAGGGUCGUCAUGAUGAGGAAACGGAAUUAGAUUUUGUGUAUGGUCUGCUAAAUGUCAUUCCAAUAUAG